AUGUCAUAAUCAGGACUACAGUUUUAUUGGUCUGUUGCGCGGAAGUCACUUCGCAUUUUACAGACGUGCUGCUUUCACUUCCACUCAUCUGUGCGCAUCUCAAGAGCUGUGUCGGGUUGCUGGUGAAAACAUCUCAUCAAUUCAUCUGCUGUGAAGGUUUACACGGAUUUGAAACAUGAGAGGGAACUUACUCGGACUGCUUUUUCUUUUAAAAUAUUGCAUUUGCGAGGAUGUACAGAACUUUGAUGGAGACAUCAGGGACUUAGUAGUUGGUAACAGUAAAUUGUUUGUUCUUACUGACCGUCGACUACAUCAGAUGAGUCACGAUCUAUUUCUGGAAAAGACAAAGGAUUUUAAUGCCACACAUCCGAACGUUACACUUCUGGUGCCUUUUGAGGCGAACGACACCCUGAUUACAUGCGCAACAUCUAACGGUGGAUACUGUGAAGUUCUUGAUCUCAUUGAUAUUACAAACAGUAUUCACUGGGAGAGCAAAUCUAGUGUACCACAGACAAAUGAGAAAUCUGUAGCAUUCAUAGUGGACAGCAGCCUUAAUAACAGCCCUAAUGGUGCUUACCUGUUGGUUGGGAGGAAGGACGAUAGUGCCAAUAAAAUGCAUACUGUUGUUACCUUGUGGAACACUUUAGAUUCUCAACCAGGCUCUAUUUUCUCUCCAUUAGACGACGGAUCAACUCCCUUCAUUUGUACAGAAAGACACAUAGAGUUUAUAGAUGGGUUUCAGAUCAGUUUGCUUAAACUUUCGUACCUGUUUCUUAACACAAAAACUGAGUCCGGUUGGCAAGCGUUUGCCCUCAGGCUCAACAAUGCCAAAGGACUCAAGAAAGACAUUCUGAAGAGCCUUACUGGAACAAUGUUAAAAUGUUGUAAUGAUAAAUCUCGUCCUGUCCUCAUCGCAUCAGCUCUUAUUUCUUCAGAUAAAGCUGUGAUCUGGACAGGUGUCUUCAGUGCGCAAAAUGAUCCAGAGGACACCGCACUCGCUGUUUAUGACCUCAGUAAUGUUGAUGGCAAAGUUAAAGAUUUCUGCUUCAGCGGCAAGACAUGUAAGCUGAGUUCACAGAUUGAUCCUACACGUCAGCCAGUAGCAGUAGUUUUCAAAUACAAGUCAAUGAGUUCAGUAGCAGCAGUUAGGAGUGAAUCCUGGAUUGUGCUCUUCAUUGGAACCAAAGAUGGACAACUGAUAAAGGUUGUGUUGGAUGAGAGUUUCAGUCCAGGCUGUCCCACAGUGCUGUACAGAUCUGAUGAUGAUCAAAAAGUGCUUCACAGGAUGCAUUUAGAUUUCAAACAUAUCUACAUAGCUCUGAAAAACCAGAUAAGAAGAUUGCCUGUGGUUCAGUGUGCUAAACACAGAUCUCUUAAAGACUGCAGAGAAGCUCUGGAUCCUUUCUGUGGAUGGUGCUCAAGUUUACACAUAUGUUCUACCCAGAAUGAAUGCUCAAACUCUUCAUGGAUAUCCUUCCCAAAAGGUUCUGUUCAGAAAAAGCUUUUUUCAUUUCAGGUCACAGAGAAAUCCAUCAGAGAGAUUACUCUACAUCUGACCUUAAAUCUGAAGAGCACACAAAAUCCUGCCGUCUUCUCAUGUGCAUUCACCAGAGGAGGUGUGAACCUUUGUGAUGGACCUGAUCCUGCUGUAGUUUUUCCAAACUGCUCCUGUAGCUUUUCAGAGCAGCAGCUGUCAACUAAAGGUUUGGAAAUCUCAGCUACAGUUACUGUUGAGGACCAGAAGAUCACAGAGACCCUGAUGCUGAAGAACUGCCCCACUAUUACAGAUAAUUCACCAAAGACUUCUUAUGCACAGUGUGUACAGUGCAUCACAGCUGGAUGCCAUUGGUCAACUUCUGACAAGCGUUGUGACUGGACACAUGGACAGAAUGUGGACCUUCUUUUGAUAGACCCGCCCCACACAUACACAACCCAGGCAACGAUGGUAGUAUGUAAAGAUUUGCGCUCUGAGGCAAAAGUGCCAGAGAUUUUUUCUAUAGAGCCGAACAGAGUUUCUUUCCAUGGCAGAAACAAUGUUUUACUAACAGGAAGGAACCUGGAAUCUGUCACCAAAAUUCGUAUUCAAGGGGAUCUGAACUGCUUUUCAAAAGAGUCUCCUGUGUUUAAUCGUUCGAGUGACAGUCUAAGGUUCCACGUUCCUCCCAGUGAAGCUAAAGGAACACUAAAAGUGUGUGCUGUUACUAAGGAUGACCGUUGUCAUGGUAACAGCAUCAUCACUUACAGUUCCCAACCCAGCUGCAUAGGUCUACAACCCAAAGUCACCUGGAGAAGUGGUGGAAGGAAAAUUUACGUGCAGGGGAACAAUUUGGAGUUUGUGGAAUCAAUCAUUGUCCAUUCCUCCAAUACAGAGCUUGAAACAAACUACAACAUAAACUCAACGGACAUGUGGUUUCUUAUGAACCAUUAUGAUGGCAGUGAUCCGAUUAAGUUGAAGUUGAAAGUUGGGAACGUCACUUUAGACUGUGCAAAUCUUACCCUCCAGCCUGAUCCAAAGUUCAUUGGGUUCGAAGCCAUACGGGUGUCUGACUAUCUAACUGUAAACAUUAAGAUAAAGGCAGAUAAGUUGAACCUGAGUAUGGAUGAGGUACAGGUAACUGGUCUAAAGGGAGAUCGGGGACAUGAGUGUGUUUUGGUGUUGAUGAAACACGAUGUCAUUGUAUGUGCUAUUAAAGGGAACCUCAACACAGUGGACUCUCUGAUUAUCAUGGUUGGAAAAUUUGAUCUUACCACUGGACAAAAUAUGUCAAAAUAUUUGAACAUUUGCAUGAAGAAUGGGUAAAGGAAAAAAGUUAGAAAUUUCUUUAUAUAGUCUGUGGUAGUUUAGGUUAAUAGGUCAGCUUAACUCAUACAUCACAUGUGUAAACUUGCUUAAUACAAGGCUGCUUUUCAUGUAACUUAGAAAAUCUUAGAUGCUGUGGAUGCUGUGUUUUCUAAACACCAGGUGGCGCUCUAUACCUACUUAUUAAGUAUACAGUACAUUGUAUUAAUUCAAAACAGUAAAACUUCCUUCAGUCUGCUAUUUAGGAGCUGGGUAGUAACUGUUUACAUGUUAUCUGUUUUACGUUAUACUCAUAAUCAAAGUACUGUUACUAAGCUUCCAUUAGAUGUAUUAUUAUUUUAUUGUUUAUUCCCACUUUCUAUAAAAUCUUUGAAUUUUUUCACAAGCUGUCAAUCAGUGGCAAGCCUGAUGUGUUUUAUAUGUGUAUUCUAUAUGUUUUUGAUGUUUUGUAGAGUGCAUGUAAUCCCCCAGCUCAUACAUUGGCUGUUCAGUUUUGUCUGAUUAUUGUAUCUGUCCCUAAACAAAUAAAACAGAUAAAUUAAUU